ACUCGCGUUGACUCGCGCGUGUGUAUGCACAGGUGUCCGCGAAACAGCUGGGCGAAGUUCGCUGCUACAGGAGCCGUGUGCGUGCAGGCGUGCAUGCAGACAAGUUCUCCUCGCAUUUACCGCGCAGGGUUACCCCCGCAUACGUCGGCUCGGCCGACUUUCGUCUCGAGAACGCGCAGGGAUUUGCUUCCAUCGACUCGCCUGGAAUGUCUCGCCGCACCGUACGCCGCCGCUCGUGGUCGCCUUCGCGGUGGCUUGCUUUCUAGCCGUGCUACUACAGCCUCGGGUGUCGUUCGUGCGCUGUUGAAGAGCAACGGCGGGCGAAUUCGCUCCUGCUGACCGACACACCGCCGGCGGCCCUUCCGGUUAAGCCUAUCGUGCGAUUUGACAGCCGACAGAGCGUGUGGCAAGUGUGUGCGUGCGCUAGCCUGUGGUGCUCGGGAUACCGCGCUUUCGGCGUGCGUGUGAAGGUUUUGCUUGCGGGGAUAUUUGGCUUGACGUACACCGUGAACGUCGCCCUCUUCAUGACCGCCUGAAAGCAUGGAAGAGGAGCAGGAUGCCGGCGUGGCCCAGCUCUGGGAGGUGUUCGACGCGUGCGACACCGCGCGGACGGGACGCCUGGACGCCCGGGGCCUGCAGCUUCUCUGCCACAGGCUGCAGCUGGCCAACAGGGCGCCCGCCCUGGUCCACCACCUCCUGGGUCGGCGGCAGGAGGGCGGCGACGGUCGACCCGCCGCCACGGUGAGCUUUGAGCAGUUCAAGGAAGGCUUCAUAUCUAUCCUUACUGAAGCGGAAGACGAACCACCUUCUAGUGAAUCGGUCACAAGUGAUGUUCCUGGUGCAUCAAGUGAAGCUGGAGAGAGUCAAGAGGCUCCCGGCUCCAAGAAAGAUCGAGAGGUGUCCCCAAAGUAUGUCCUGGGCGAAAAGAAGUACGGCCGAAGGUCGAGACCUGUUUCGCAAGCCGAUGUCGACGUGGAGAUUUCUUCCGACGAGGACUUUAGUGCGGAUGAGGUCCUUGGCCCCACCAUGGCAGAGAGUGCUGGGAACGUGGCACCGAAAGCUGACCCCAGUGAUACUCAGGCCAAAACGUCGUCAAGUGCACCAAAGGCCACUGCAGGCAUGUUGCUGACGGGUAUGCUGUCUUACCCUGAGAGCGGCUUCGACGAUGCCGGACAGUUCCCAGGAAAGUUCUCCUCGGGUGACUUCAGCUCAGCCUCGGGCCUUUCAAAGGACUCGGCAGAAGGAAUGAGGGAACUUGCAUCGGAAGGUCCCUUGAUGCCUCCGGCAUUGUUUGCGACCGGUUUCGACAUUGCAUCAUCUCCCAUGUUUGGUCAGUCAUUCACCGUGGGUGGUGGAUCGGAGUCGGCCGAGUCUAGCCUCACGCUUCUGGAGACGAAUCCGGAGGAAUACCUGCGAGCCACGUGGCGGAAGCUGAAUGUUGGGAGCGAUGGCUAUCUCCAUGUGGACGAGUUGGCGGGUGUCUGUGAGCACAUCGGCAUGGAGAUGGAUGAAGAGAUGAUUGGUCAGCUUUUCCACACAUUGGACUCUGACCAGGACGGGAAGAUCAGCUUUCAGGAGUUCCUUCAGGGCAUGUUCCAACAUGGCCGUGCUCCCGGCAGUCGGAGCGUCACGCCACCACCCCUGACAUCUCCUCUGCCACUUGUACCACCCUCACCUACACCCUGUGCCAAACAGCUCGGCCCGUCCGAACGCAGUGCUGCCAACAAACCAACUGGCUCUCCAGGCCAUCACCGUCACCACCCCAGCUAUCGGCGGAAUCGUGGCGUCCAACAGUUCAAGGACACAGCCGCAGCUGACGACGAGAUGUCUGACAAGCCUGUGUCUGGAGCCGUCGUGCCAAUCUGGGAGUCGGGCAUCUUUUCCAGCAUCGACCCUGACAACACUGGAUACGCCGAGAGUCAGGCGGUGGUGUCGUUCUGGGAGUCCCUGGGCCUUACCGGCUGCGCCAGCAUCUUGAAGCAACUGGGCUUCAACCCGAACCUGAAGGUGAGCCUUCAGGACCUGACGGCCCAGCUGGAAGAAGAGAUGGCGUCCGUGGCCGCCGGAAACGCGUCCACCACGUACGCGUUCGCGCUCGCCUCGUACCAGCACGAGCUCAAGCACCUGAAGACCAAUUUCGAACAGGCUCGCGAGGAGCGCGACCGGCUGCGAGUAAACGUGGCCGAAGCCAACGCGCGAUCCGCGCUCAUCGCCCAGGAAGUGGACGAGCACCACGCCCGGAUGGAGAAGGCCUCCGAGAACCGGCUGCUGACCCUGGAGAAGCGCCACACGGAGCAGCUGCGCGAGGUGACCGAGGAGCUGCAGCGCGAGCGGGAGACCACCACGCUGCAGCUGACGCGGCUCCGGCAGCGCAACGAGGACGAGCUGUCCGCGCUGCGCGCCGACGAACUGCGGCUGCGCGCGCAGCUGGCCACGCUCGAACAGGAGAAUUGCCGUCUGGAACUGGAACUGCAGGAGUACUCGGAACGGUACCGCGAACUCCACCGUCUGGGCGAGAGCCAGCAGAAGGAACUCGAAAGCGUCGGCCAGCUGAAGCAGAAGAUUGCGGACUUGGAAUCGGGCCAGACGUUCCUGAACGACGAGCACUACCAGAAGAUCCUGCAGGAACUCGAAGUCAUGCGCAAACAGAACAAGGAGUUGAAGGACAGCAACGACGAGCUGACGCUCGAGCUGGAGACGCUGCGCCAGCAGCUCAACUCCGGCUCGGGUUCGCGCUCCUCGGCGCACGGCAAGCGGCACCGGCGCUCGGGUUCCUGGGUGUCCGACUACUCCCGCCAGGGGGGUCUCAAGCGUCGAGGCAGCGAGGCCUCCUCGUCAGAGGAGUCGGAUGACGACAUCCCUAUUGCCGGCAAGAUUCGCAAGCGAGCCGGCUUCUCCGCGAGCACUGGCUCUGAGGGUUUGUGGCACGAACUCACGCUCGCUCACUCGUCUCAUAGCAUCCUGCCCUGCGUGGCCGACGCGUACCAGCUGACCCUGGACGCCGACGAGCUGGGCGAGGCGCAGCGGGAGCCGCUGGAGCGGCUGCGGGCCCGGUUCGAGCAGGCGCUGCGCGACAUCGAGGAGCGCUGGCGGCAGCGGGUCGCCGAUCUCGAGGCCCAGCUGUGCGGCCAGCCGGAAGUGGACAAGGACUCGAUCGACUGCGCCCAGUCGACCAUCGCCAAGCUGCAGGACGAACUGAGCAUGCGCAGCGUGCUCGCCGAGCGGCUGCGCGCCGACGUCACGGCGCUGCAGAACCAGCUCGCCCAGCAGAGGGAGCAGCUGGCCGCGGAGCUGUCCGCCCGGGAGCACGAGGUGGCGCAGCUGGGCGAGCUGAAGAGGGCCUCCGAGACUACCGCGCAGGCGCUGCAGGCGAAGCUGGAGGAAGCCCAAAAGAAGGCCGCAGACGAGUCGAACAGCAAGCGGGAAGCUUGGAACGCGGAGCGGGAAGCGCUGCUCGCCAGCAUCGAGGUGAAGGCGAAGCAGCUAAACGAACUGAAACGCUCUCUGGCGGAAGCGACCGCUUCAAGCGGUACCAUGGGUCGUCUGCAGGGUGACGCAGGGGCUUCCUCGGCGGCUGGCGUCGAGGGCGAGACGCCCGGCAUGCAGGCCAUGUACGAGUCCAAGCUGGCCGAGGUGCGGUGUCAGGUCGAGCAGGACCUCGUGCGAAAGGUUCGCACCGAUGUGGAGCGUGAGCUACGCACGAGCCUGGAGCAGAACCUGAGGCUACAGCCCAGUCGGCGAGACAGCGACCCGCAGUCGCAGCUCAGGAGGCCGCAGGACCUGACCGCCCAGCUCACCGAGGACAUCUGCCAGCUGCUCAGGCAGUGCCUGCGAUGCGGCGCGUGGACCACCACCACCGCCGCCGCUGGCACCGACGGUGACGUCGAGGCGCAAGGGGGCGCUCGCAACCAGCCUGGCACAGGGGGCGCUAGAAGCACGCCAAGCGAUGGCGGCGACCCGGGCGCGAGUCCGCACAGCGUGACGUCGGGCGCCUCGCUCCAGGAGCAGCUGGCCAGCCUCAUCGGCAAGGCCAUCGGUGCCAUCGAGGGCCACCUGGAGACGCUGCACCUUCAGGAGCACGACCGGCUGCGAAAGAACUGCGAGGAGCAGCUGCAGCGCCUCAAGCAAAAACACAUGAUGGAGCGCUUGGAGUGCGAGCUUCAGCACAACGAGGAGCUGGAGCGGCUACGGAAGCAGCAUCAGCAUCAACAUCAUCAGCAGCAGCAGCAGCAGUCCGGGCCGGCUAGCCAACAGCAGCCAUGCGAGCAGCAGCAGCAUCAGCCGAAUGCAGUCGGCCCGAGUAAGAUCGACACCCUGCUCCGCGACCUGUACGUCGAGAACGCCCGCCUGCUGCGUGCGCUGCAGCGCGCCGAGGACGGCCGGCGACGAGCCGAGCACAACAGCACGCGCCUGCAGUACAAGUGCCGCGUCCUCAGCAAGCUGCUCACUGACGUCACGAGGGCCGCUGUCGACGGCUCCAGGGUGGCUUGCGCCUGAGCCCCCCUCCCACCACCUCUUCGUUCUUUUGGAAGAAGAAAACACUCCCCAACUGCUGUGCUCGUUACAGUUCUCAUUUCGGGCGAAAAAGGGAAAAAGAACAGUACAAACUGCUGUUUGAUUAUUUUUUUUCGUACCCGCCUCGCUGGCCGCGGAGACCGGCAGCGUUAGCGAUGUCGACGUCAGUGACGAUAGGCGUCGUCCGUCCUCAGAAACAUCAGUGAUUGCCUGCGAGAAUCUGUCGUGGCCGGCAACGUCGGUGGAGUCGACAUUGUGUCAUAAAGAAGUGUGCAUGUGUUCAUGGUGCAGCGGACCUGAAUAGUGAACUGUGUGUUCGUAUUUUUUUCCCUUUUGUUGUCGUUUCUCUCUCAUUCUAUCGCAGUAACGAAAUGUCGUGCCGAGACCAGUCAUGGUCGGAAACCUUCAUUCGGGAGUCUGGGAGUUACUGCUACAUAUAGUGUAUUUGCCUUUUUGAAGAGCCUCGUGCAUAUUUUCCCCAGCAGAAUCACGUAUGCGUAGGUGUCAGCUGUGCCUACCUUGGUGGCUUUUCGGUAAAAUGAUAUCUGUGCGUGACUUUCUGUUGCAGCUUCUGCAAUCCACUCAGCACUUCACGGAGUGAUCCCACUCCCAGAGUGACACGAGGGAGCCUUGACGGUUCAUUCUUAGAACCGAUCUCUAGAGUAGCUCUUAACCUUGGUUGUUUCGAUGCAAAACAUAUGAAUCGUCAAACACAGGUGUCUCAAAGUACAUACACUGCUCGCUGCCUUCACACGAGGCAGAAGAAGAAUUGUACCAUUCUUUUAAACAGUUUUUGUUUUUUUACAUUAAACCUAAUCGCAUCUCGACUCGUGGUCUUGAAUUACAAUGGUGUGCAACAAAGAGGAUUGCUUAUAGUGUCCGUUGAUAUGUUGUCGUUUUGUAGCAUGUGUCCUGACCCAGUAAAUCUUGUUAAAAGUAAAUUUCGAAGGCAUUGUGCAGAUCUAUUUCCGCACACAACCAGGGGAUGGAUGUGCCAUUGACGUCAUGUCCUCUACAUUCAACAUCUGCUCGGGAAACUGUGCAACAGACGGUGCAGAUGCUCGGACGUUUCUCAACAAAACCUUUCCACCAGCUCUGAAAAACAAUCCCGCCUUUGAAUAUGAAAAAUAGUUCUUUCAUCGGUUCUAGGAGGUAUAUACAAUAUUGAAACUCAUCGACUCAUGUACUUGUUUAACAAAACUGUGACGGAUUCAUUGGCGAUUGCUUUGGUCUUACUGACAGUGAGGUGUUGUUGGAACCCUUAUUACAAGAUGUUGAAUUCUCUGCUCCACUUAGGCCCAAGGCCCAAACUGUCGGUUCGUCUGAGAUCAGGUCUCGCCGAUCACAAAGUGUCGUUUCACGUGUGCGAAUGUUAUGUAGACAACUUCAUCUAAGUACUAGCUCCGAUCUCGUUCACCCGUGUGCGAUUGACGUAGGCCCUUGGUAUCAAUUUCUGCUGUACAAACCACGAUAACGCCUUGAGCUUUCCCAUUUCAAGUGUUCGCUAUUCGCGCACAUUGUUUUCUCUUGACAAACCAUGUCUUUUAGCAGAGGCAACAGCUUGAUUUGACGCCGACUUACAUCGCAAGGAUAGGUCGUCGUCGUCCAUGCUGUGACGGAAGUGUCUCCCAUACUGACCAUUCAGGUGCACAUGGGCGUCGUUUACACUUUUGCGCGAGAGCUUACAACGGUGCAAUAUGCGUUUAUGUUAAUGUAUCGAUAUUAAACUUGACGUACCGGUGCUAUCGAUAACAACGCAAGAAAAGUGAUGAAGAAGUGCCGAAACGGAGAUAUUCGUGGCUGUCUUGCAAUUCCACAUUGUGAGAAACCGUUUCAGUGUUACGAGCCUGUUUUGUACAAGCUUUCUGUUCUAGUAGUCUGGGCUCAAGCAGGAGAUAUAUCAGCGUGAUGUCCGUCAUAUGGGAGCUGUUCAUCAUAUAGUGUCAGAAGUUUUGGUGUAGCAGUUUCGUCGUUCUUUUACUGCACACAGCGGGGCGAGCAAAGCGGAACGAACGCGGCGUGCAAUAUGCGUGCGUGCGGAAAUUUAUCUGCAUUGCACUUAGGAUCAUGGUCAAGAAAGGUCAGUGCGCCAUUGUUUAAUGUUUCUAGGUUUUUUUUUUUUUUUCGCGCAGGCUUUCCUAACGAUUUAACGGCAGCUUUUCUAUACCUGGAACGCUCUAAUCUAUAAUGCUAAUGCGCGCACGAGAUUUGUGGGUAGCCCAAGUAACCUCGCGGAAUCCCUCAUCUCUGCUUUCGUCCUUUUGCCUUAAUAUAAGUUGUUGAUGAACUUGGCGUAUUGGUGAGACAAUAAUCGUCCCAUGAACUUGCUUGCGGCUUCUGUCUCCUUUCUUUUUAUGACGUAAUUGGCAGACAUGUUGGGGUACCUAUUGUUCCUCAUCGAAUGUGCCCGCAUCAUUGCAAACCUUCUUUCUUUUCUAUCCUUUCUCUCUCUGUGUAACAGUUUUUUACUUUGCCGGGACUUCUAGAGCAUCCGUCGCUUUAACGGAAAGGCAUUGACCAAUGGUCACUUAGUCAGACCUUUAAGUCGCAUUCAUGUGUAUAAAAUUCACAAAACUCCUAGAGCGUGGGGUCAAAACUAAGACUGAACAGGUCGGUUGUGCAUGUUUAAGCGUGUGGCACCGGGUACGCCGUUCCGUAUUCAACUUUGGUCACGAGGUGCGCAGUUGCAGGGCUCUUCUCAGAACUGCCUUUUGCUGGAGAAGUUGGGCAUCGGUAUUGCUCUACGUUUGCAUGUUGUUCAGCGCUCAAAUUAGGUACAAUCGAAUACAGUGCCUUGAUGUGAGUAGUUCGAUGUGAUUUAAAUCACAACGGAAACUUUCCGCGCACGCUGCUCUGUGUUAACUGUCUUUCUGAUACAACUAGAAGAGGUGCGGUAGCGCUCAUGGGGAGCUACGGCGAUCGGGAAGUGCUCUAUUUUUUUUUCAGCAGCGCAUUUUGAUUCAGGAUGUUCACCGUUAUUUUUUUCGCUGCACUUGAUAUUUAUUUUCCACAAUUUUGAAAGUUAGCAUUAGGAUUAAGACGUUCAUAACGAUGGCAUGACUGACUCUAUUGAAACAUUGUAGCUCGCGACGCGUCAUUGAAGGAGGUUGAUGAUCGCGAACCUCCCUCCCAAAUGUUCCGUUGAAAUUGUAUAGCGCUUGUAAAGGCGCCAAUAAAGCUUUGUUGAAUCGUGAA